AUGGAAACCAAGUUAUCUAUCUUCUUAUGCUUCUAUGCACUUCUUCUCGUCUUUGUUGUAACAAUUACGCCUUUCGAAGAUGAGAAACAAUAUGGUGAAACCAAAGAACCAAAGAAAGAUAUUAGAAUUAAUGGAUAUUUACACAAUCUUGGCAAAGGUAAAGAUAUUAGAAUCAUAAGCUUUCUUGAAGGUCGAAAAGAGGACGGUGCUGGAAAUGUUGUAAAAUUUCCCGGUGCUGGAAAUGUUGUAAAAUUUCCCAGUGGUGGAAGAUGGGGCUACGGUGGAAAGGUCAUAAACUUGCCAGAAGUUGGAAAAGGCGGCCGUAGAAACAUCAUAAUCUUCCCCGGAGUUGAUUAA